ACCAAAUUCCUCCACCACAAUGAACCACCAAUCCUCACCGGAAACCGCCAUUUUUCCCGACGACAAACCAACAUCACUCGCCGCCAGAUGCUGGUUAGACGACGCCUCCAUUCUCGACAUCGAUCAAUUCGUCAAAACCCUCUCCGGCAUCAAAUCCAAAGGAGUCCGACCUGACCUAAUCGGCUCCAUCAUUACCCAUUACGCUUCCAAGUGGAUACCCGAACUCUCCGCCGAGCCACCACAAUCCCCCGUUAUCAACGACCUCCUCCAAUCUCCGCCGGAAAGCGCCACCGCGUCCUGGCUGAAGAAAAGGUUUUUCCUCGAGACGAUAGUCACGGUUCUCCCACCGGAAAAAGACGCCGUUCCCUGCAGCUUUCUUCUCCGGCUGCUUAAGAAAGCCAACAUGUUGGGUGUCGAUUCGAAUUAUCGAGAAGAGCUCGAGAAACGGGUGGCGUGGCGGCUGGACCAAGCGGCGCUGAAGGAGCUGAUGAUACCGUGUUUUAGUCACGUGAGAGGCACGUUGCUCGACGUCGAACUGAUGCUCCGAUUGGUUAAGAGGUAUGUGGAAUUGGACAUUGAAGGUUUGAGAAGUGGCGUCGGAAUUUUUAAGGUUGCAAAGCUUGUAGAUGCUUACUUAGCUGAAGCUGCCCUCGAUUCUGAGCUGGCAUUGCCGGAGUUUAUGGAGCUCGCCGGCGCUGUUCCUCCGCAAGCACGUGCCACUGACGAUGGUCUAUACCGUGCCAUUGAUACUUAUUUAAAAAUGCACGUGAACGUGACGAAACAAGAAAGAAAGACGUUAUGCAGAUUAAUCGACAGUCAGAAGUUAUCUAUUGAAGCGUCUCUGCACGCAGCCCAGAACGACCGUUUACCGGUGAGAUCUGUAAUCCAAGUCCUCUUUUCAGAACAAACCAAACUCCAUUCUCACAUUGACUGGAGCCGGUCGUUCAGCAUCACCAAGAGUCCGAACCCAGGGUUGGACCCACACGAACGGUGCCAUUCGUCGAGAGAACUUGCGAUGAUUCAACAAAUGGAAAUCAAGAAGCUAAAAGAAAACGUGUCGAAGCUUGAGAGGCAGUGUCAUAUGAUGCAGUCGCAAAUUGAAAAGUUGUCGGAAAAGAAGAAAGGGUUCUUCAGCUGGAGGAAAUUCGCAAUGUCGACGACUCUAAGGGAUAUAAGCGUAGAAGUGGCUAACGAGAGCUUAGAAGGAACAGGGUUCAAUUCGAGUAGUAUCGGAAGGCAGACUCCUGUGAACGGUAAAAAGGGAAGAAGCAAGAAUUCAAGAAAAUGGAGGCAAUCCAUGUCUUGAGUUCGAUCGUAACGUUAUUUUUUUUGUCUAACGUGUUGUAUUAUAAAAAUAAUAAUGUCGGGUUGCAAUAAUUAUUUACAGACUGUAAUUUUUCUUCCGUUAUUUAAUA